CCUGCACCCGCACUAGGUGGUUAUCACGUCCACGAUGAUGAUCAUGUGCCGGCCCCGCGCCCUCCUGCUGCUGCUGCUCGCGAGCCUCUGGGCGGCGCACGCCGCCUCGGUGCCUCGCGAGGCUCAGCCGUCGCUGGCCAUCCCGAGCCUCAUACCUCCGCUGGCCAUCCCGAGCCUCAUACCGCCGCUGCCUAUCCCGAGCCUCAUACCGCCGCUGCCCGUCCCGAGCCUCAUACCGCCGCUGCCCGUCCCCAGCCUCAUACCGCCGCUGCCCGUCCCGAGCCUCAUACCGCCCCUGCCCGUCGUCGCGAGGAUCAUUCCGAUCCCGGCCAGGAGGCCUCCUCGCGCAUCCCUCUUCGGCGGCGGCUCGCCACGCAUCGUCAACGGCAACAACACGGACAUCAAGCAGGUGCCCUGGCAGGUCGCCCUGCUGGCCUGGGAACAGUUCUUCUGUGGAGGAUCUGCCAUAUCGGCAACGGUGGUUCUCACGGCCGCCCACUGCGUGCACGGAGAGGACACAUCCGGCGUCGCGAUCCGAGCGGGCAGCUCACUGUCGGAAUCGGGAGGACAAGUUGUAGAAGUGUCCGAGGUGAUCGAGCACCCCCAGUACGACCCCAACGCUACCGACUACGACGUGUGCGUCUUUAAACUAGCCGAAUCCAUCACGUUCAGCGCAAGUGCUCAGCCAGUGCCAAUCGUGCGGGCUGGCCAACAAACUCCGGACGGCACCAUCGCCAUCGUAUCUGGCUGGGGAGAUCUCAAGACGGGUGGUCCGGCCGCAACGACGCUCCAGUCGGUGUACGUGCCAAAAGUGUCGGAUGCCGACUGCAAGAAGGGCUACGGUGCGGCGGCAAUCACCACCCGCAUGGUGUGCUACGGGCCCCUGGAGGGCGGCAAGGACUCCUGCCAGGGUGACUCGGGCGGUCCCUUGGUGGUCAACGGCGUCCAGGUGGGCGUCGUGUCCUUCGGUGGCAAGUGCGCAGCUCCGGGACGGCCCGGCGUCUACUCCAACCUGGCCGACUACGAGCUGCGGGACUUCAUCACGCAAGAGGCCGGAGUCUAACCAGUGCGGUCCCGCCUCACAAACAUAUGAUAUAUGAUUGCAUGUUAAUGGAUAAAUUUGUUCUCAUGUGAGUCUACUGUCCGGAUCCAACACAGAAAAUAUUUAUUUUUAAUAAAUUUCCACCUCCCAA